GAGCUAUGCUGUAAAAUGAAGCUACUCUACUCUGCUGCGGCGAGUUCCAGUGCCACGUUUCGUCUCCAUGCUAGUCUCCCGAUUCGGACAACCCCAUAUCUCAGUUACCCUGUAAAGCCUGUCCAAGUCGUCUCUUCUCUGAACCUCUCUUGUUUCGAUGAAGCUUUUCAACGUUUGGACUUCAUCGACGAUGAGAACCUUUCCAUGGAAACCUAUGCGGACGUUCUUGAGCUCUGUGGCAAAUUCAGAGCACUCUCUCAAGGUCGCCAGCUUCAUUCCCGCAUUUUCAAGACUUUUCCUGAAUCAGACUUUUUGGCUGGUAAGCUUGUGUUCAUGUACGGUAAGUGUGGUUCCGUGGAUGACGCAGAGAAAGUGUUUGACGAAAUGCCUCAAAGAACGGAUUUUGCAUGGAACGCGAUGAUUGGAGCCUAUCUUUCCAAUAAUGACCCUGCUUCUGCUCUUGCUCUGUACUACAAAAUGCGGGUACAGGGCGUUCCUCUCCAUCUUCACUCCUUUCCUGUCUUGCUUAAAGCUUGCGGCAAGCUUAGAGAUUUCCGGAGUGGGAUUGAGAUUCAUUGUCUUCUCGUUAAACUUGGCCACAGUUCAACAGAUUUUAUUGUCAAUGCGUUGCUUUCCAUGUAUGCUAAGAAUGAUGACCUAUGCGCAGCAAGGCGUCUGUUCGAUGGAUCCCAAGAUAAAGGAGGUGAUGCUGUUCUGUGGAAUUCUAUUAUGUCUUCGUAUUCCUUGUCUGGUCAAUCUUUCGAGACUUUGGAGUUGUUCAGAGAAAUGCAGAUGAGUGGUCCUGCCUCCAACAGCUACACUUUUGUUUCGGCUCUUACAGCUUGUGAAGGUGUUUCAUAUGCAAAGCUAGGCAAAGAGAUUCACGCUGCUGUCCUGAAAAAAUCUACUCUUUCUUUUGAUAUAUACGUGUGCAAUGCCUUGAUUGCUAUGUAUACUAGGUGCGGUAAAAUGCUUGAGGCAGGAAGGAUCCUUCGUCAGAUGGACAAUGCUGAUGUUGUGACAUGGAAUUCCCUGAUUAAGGGAUAUGUACAGAAUUCCAUGUACAAGGAGGCAUUAGGAUUCUUUUGUCAUAUGAUCGCUUCUGGCCAUAAACCCGAUGAGGUUUCAGUUACCAGUGUCAUUGCAGCGUCAGGAAGAUUAAGCAAUCUGUUGGCAGGAAUGGAAUUGCACUCUUACGUCAUUAAACGUGGCUGGGAUUCUAAUUUGCAGGUUGGAAACACGUUAAUAGAUAUGUACUCUAAGUGCAACAGCACAUGUUAUAUGCGCCGUGCCUUUCUUAGGAUGCAUGAAAAAGAUCUUAUUUCAUGGACUACAGUCAUUGCUGGUUAUGCCCAGAAUGAUUGUCAUGUAGAAGCCUUAGAACUCUUCCGGGAUGUUGCUAAGGAGAGGAUGGAAAUUGAUGAAUUGAUGCUGGGAAGCAUCCUUCGAGCUUGUAGUUUGCUGAAAUCCGUGCUCAUUGUCAAAGAGCUUCAUUGUCACAUCUUGAGAAAAGGCUUACUGGAUACUGUGAUACAGAAUGAGUUGGUGGAUGUUUACGGAAAAUGCAGGAACAUGGGCUAUGCUACUCGAAUAUUUGAAUCAAUUAAAGGUAAAGAUGUUGUCUCUUGGACAAGCAUGAUUUCCUCUAGUGCUCUUAAUGGUAACAAAAACGAGGCUGUUGAUAUCUUUCGACGCAUGGUUGAAACUGGUUUGUUAGUUGAUUCUGUGGCUUUGUUGUGUAUACUGUCUGCUGCCGCAAGUUUAUCUGCCCUCAAGAAAGGGAGAGAAAUUCAUGGCUACUUACUCAGGAAGGGUUUUUUACUAGAGGAGUCCAUUGCAGUUGCAGUUGUUGAUAUGUAUGCAUGCUGUGGAGAUUUACAGAGUGCAAAGGUUGUCUUUGAUCGGAUAGAAAGGAAAAGUUUACUGCAAUACACAAGUAUGAUCAAUGCAUAUGGAAUGCACGGCCGUGGAAAAACAUCUGUUGAGUUGUUCAAUAAAAUGAGGCAUGAAAACAUCUCGCCUGAUCACAUUUCAUUUCUGGCUCUUCUUAAUGCGUGCAGCCAUGCUGGUCUACUUGAUGAGGGUAGAGGGUUUCUGAAGAUCAUGGAGCAUGAAUAUAAAUUGGAACCAUGGCCUGAGCAUUACGUGUGUCUGGUUGACAUGCUGGGUCGUGCUAAUUGUGUUGUGGAAGCCUUUGAAUUCGUUAAAAUGAUGAAGACAGAACCGACCACAGAAGUGUGGUGUGCACUCCUUGCCGCAUGCCGAUCUCAUUCAGAGAAAGAGAUUGGAGCGAUAGCAGCUCAGAGGCUCCUUGAGCUAGAACCUAUGAACCCGGGAAAUCUUGUUCUUGUAUCUAAUGUCUUUGCGGAACAAGGAAGAUGGGACGAUGUAGAAAGAGUGAGGGAAAAAAUGAAAGCAAGCAGACUGGAGAAACACCCUGGAUGUAGUUGGAUUGAGAUUGACGGAAAGGUUCAUAAAUUUACAGCAAGAGACAAGUCUCACCCAGAGACCAAAGAGAUAUAUGAGAAAUUGUCCGAGGUUACUAGGAAGUUGGAAGAGGAAGCAGGUUAUCAAGCCGAUACAAAGUUUGUUCUGCAUAAUGUAGAUGAAAGGGAGAAGGUUCAGAUGCUGCAAGGACACAGUGAGAGGCUAGCAAUUGCUUAUGGUCUGCUCAGAACACCUGACAGAACAUGUCUUCGGAUCACAAAAAAUUUACGUGUGUGUAGAGAUUGCCAUAUUUUUUGUAAGCUGGUCUCUGAGUUAUUCAGACGAGACAUUGUGAUGAGAGAUGCCAAUAGAUUUCAUCAUUUUGAAAGUGGACUGUGUUCUUGCGGAGAUUUUUGGUGACCAAUGUUAGUAACGUUUGCCAAUUAUUUAAUGCGAUAACUAUGGUUUCUGAUAA